CGGAAGCGUGACAGUUUGUUAACUGAGCUAAGUGUCACGGGGUAGUACUGUGACACUGGUUUUUGUUGACUUCCAGUUCUCCUUUGACAAAGUAUCGAUUUAAGACGAGUUAAAGUGAAUAGUUGAGCGUUUUUUUAAUAUAUGGGUUAAUGGAGGUAGUUGACGGCGACUUGGACGUGUCGAAGUUGUUAAAGGUCUGAACUCUUCUAAUCAAGAAAACACAUUAGGAAGUUUGUGGAGGAUGGCAAACCACAGGGGUGCCAGUGAGAGCAGCCCUCUUUUGGACUCAGGUUCUGGUUACAGACCGUCAGCGCCAUCCGUUUUUCAGGGAAGAAGACUGGCAUGUGCAGCCAUCCUGCUGGCUGAAUCAUUAGAAAGGAUCGCUUUCUACGGCAUCACAUCCAACCUUGUCCUUUUUCUCAAUGGCAGUCCGUUUUAUUGGGAGGGCACCCAGGCGAGUCAGGCACCUCUGAUGUUCAUGGGAGUUACCUACCUGAUAUCACCAUUUGGAGGCUGGAUUGCUGAUGCGUACCUGGGGAAGUUCUGGACAAUUGUUUCAAGUUUGAUACUUUAUUUUAUUGGCAUGUUAUUUUUCCCUUUCAUCUCAAACGAGGACACCAGGAUACACCUGUGUGGAGAAGAGGGGGCGUUUCCUGUGCAACCUGUCGAGUGUCUGAGCAUGAACGGAACCACUCCAAGCAAUAUUACCUGCCCCAUUCGAGCUGCAUAUUGUGGCCCUGUGGUCUACAGUGGACUGUUUUUGAUUGCGUUAGGCGUGGGUACUGUGAAGUCCAACAUCACUCCCUUUGGGGCAGAUCAGGUCAAAGACAGAGGGCCGGAGGCUACGCGUAGAUUCUUCAACUGGUUCUACUGGUGCAUCAACUUAGGAGCCAUUCUAUCUCUGGGAGGUGUGGCCUACAUCCAGCAGAACAUAAGUUUUACGCUCGGCUACAUCAUUCCCACUGUGUGCCUCGGGGUCUCCUUCCUGGUCUUCCUCCUCGGCCGGACUGUCUUCAUCACCAAGCCUGCUGAUGGCAGCGCCUUCACAGAUAUGUUCAAGAUCCUGGGCUAUGCCUGCUGUUACCAGAGAAAGAAGGAGGCUAACCAUCUCCGGAGCAAGCCAUCUCUACUAGACAAUGCCAAAGUGACUUAUGGAGGAAAGUUUCCAGAGGAGAAAGUGGAGGAGGUGAAAGUCCUGUUGAAAAUCCUUCCAGUAUUCUUAGCCCUGAUCCCUUACUGGACUGUGUACUUCCAGAUGCAGACGACAUACGUCCUGCAGAGCCUCCAUCUGAAGAUUCCUGCAUCAAAUGUCACAGCUGUCUCUAACAAGAUGACGUUCCGCUUCCCGGCCGCCUGGCUCACCAUGUUUGAUGCAGUGCUCAUCCUGAUGCUGAUACCCCUUAAGGACAAAGUGGUGGACCCCAUCCUGAAACGGCGCGGCCUGCUGCCUUCUCCUUUGAAGAGGAUCGCAGUGGGGAUGUUCUUUGUCAUGUGGUCGGCUGUGGCAGCAGGUAUUUUGGAGACCAAACGUCUGGAGAUCGUCAAAUCAAAUGGUACCAUUGACCAGAAGGUUGGCAUCGUUACCUACUACGCGGCAGAUUUACCCAUAUGGUGGCAAAUCCCUCAGUAUGUCCUGAUUGGAAUCAGCGAAAUCUUUGCCAGCAUUGCAGGUCUGGAGUUUGCCUAUUCUGCAGCUCCCAAGUCCAUGCAGAGUGCCAUCAUGGGGCUCUUCUUCUUCUUCUCUGGGAUCGGCUCCUUCGUGGGCUCCGGCUUGUUGGCUAUUGUCUCCAUAAAGGAAAUUGGCUGGAUGUCAUCCCACAAAGACUUUGGUAAUAUCAAUGACUGCUCACUGCACUACUACUUCUUCCUCCUGGCAGGGAUACAAGGCGUCACCUUGCUGGUCUUCCUCAUCAUCUCUGUGAAGUAUGACAAGCAGAAAGGCAAAACAGGAAACCCAAGGCAGAGAAAAAUCUCCUCCUGACCCUCCCCCCCACACACAUGUCCCCAUACCCGCUCACCAUACCUGCCUUUUCCUGCAUUCGCUCAGUGCCCAAAGACCCCGUCAGAUCGCUACUUUCUAAUUGAAUCCUACAGAUGUUUGGUUUACCUCUCAUAGAAAACGUCACACAUGACCCUGUCAUGUCUUUAUAUUUCUUAUUUAAGUAUAUUUUAGCUUCAGAGUGGGGCCUCUUAAUCCUUUUAAGAAACAACAAUGGACAAAUGCACUGAUUCUAGUCAAAGUUUAGAGAUGACUGCAGGAGCCGUGUUUGAGUCAAAUCUACUCCGCUACCUUUCUCCUGCAUCUUUACCCUUGUUGCCUUUCUUUGAUCUUUUGCACUUGACUUGAGGAGUGUUGCCAUAACAAAAAAAAAAUAUCUCUUCUAAUCUUUUGAGAAUGCUCCAUUGUUUUAUGGUACAGAUUUUAUUUUGUGUUUUCUAACAAAAUCUUGGACUAACCAUUUUACUGACCCUGGUGUAAUCCAUUAGUAUUUAAACUGACUGUUGAAAUAGUUUGUACAUGCUUACAUCCAUGGUGUAAAUGUGGUAUUAAGUGUACUUGAAUGUUAGCAUUAUUCCUUGAUUAUAAUAAGCACGGUUGAGCUUCUCGAUGCAGUAAUGGAAUUAUGAUCCGGUUUAAUGUGUAAUUCAUUCAGAGGGUACUUUUACGUUGAAGUGUUGUAGCAGAUUCUUAUAAAUGAUUGCUGGUAAAUGUGAGACAGAAAAGAGCUUUGUUGGAAGAAUCCAAGAAACAAACUUUCUAUUUCAACAUCUAAUAUUCAAUCUAAUAUCCAACAGAAGGACUGCUUCCUGUGCGCGUGAUUACAUACUGUAAAUCCACACAAAUCCUUCUGUGAAUCCUCUUUAAAUCCUCCAACGGCUCCAUACAUUAAUAAUCAUGUUAGAAAUACUCCGUGCCUCAAAAAGCUUUUAAUUUCUGGUGAAGCUGCAGAACUGCAUGUCCACAUUACAAACAACUCAUUAGAAAGUUAAGCUUAAAAGACAACCUUGAGCGUAGCUCUUAAAACAUCCACUGCUGAAAUGCUCACAUCAUGAUGAUAAAUAAAGCGAGACUUAACAAAUUAAUUUAUACUGAGAUCAUUUUAUAUUUUAUAACUUCAUAACAAAGUAAAUAACUUUAGCAGCGUUUGUUGGGAGCCUUUUUUUUACAGUGUUAUCAUGACUUUGCAGCUUUGCCAGAAAAUGUAUUGUUGUUGUAUUUAUUAGACUGUGACGCUUCUUUUUUUUUUUUAGCUUUAUAUUGCUAAGAAAACUGCUUGUGUGUGUGUUUCUUGAAUCCUCAGAAUGGGUACAGCACAAAGUAAUGAAUUUUAUUAAAGCAAGAAAACUCAGGGCUCGAGGAAUAGUGUCGAGUGACAUAACUCUCCAGGAAAAGUAAAACUGCCUUUGGGAGCUCUCCGUGGUGUUUACCCUGUGGUGUACAUAAAGUGACAUUUGUAACAGCACAUAAAUGCAAAAAGCCUUCUCUCUGGUGGCUUAUGAUGUCUGCUUUUUAUGAUUUUAGUUGUGUUUAAUUGGUCGGAUGAAUAGAUGUUCCUUGUUUUAUUGCAUAUUUUAUAUAUAUUUGUUUGUCAUCUCAGUCCUCUCGACAAGACGUUAUGACGUUUGACUUUGGAUUCAGCUUCUGUUUUCUUAAUGCUACGGAACUCAAAUAUUGUUUUGUGGUUUUAUUUUUGCCCAUUAAAGUUUAUGAACUCAAA